GCAGUUAACGCUAGAACAAAUAUGACUGUUAUUUAUUAAACUACCCACAUAUAAUUGCUAAGAAGGUCAAGUAAUAAUCUGAUGUUCAUUCAUCUAAUAUAAACAAAUAUCUUGUGAAGUGUAAACAAGCACUAGUUGAAGUGUGUUGUCGUAAGUGAAGCUCACAAAACUAAAUAAACGUUUCGUAUUUUAGCAGACGAAAAUAUUAAUUGUUAAAUUAUCACUUUUAUAUAUAGGUUGUUAUCUUAUGUAAAAGGUUAGUAAGAUAACAGACAAUGUAGUACAAUAUAUAUAGUUAAAAAUUGAAUCGAUAAAAUAAAUGUGUUUAAACAUUAAGUGAAAACACGAGUAUCAGCGCCGUAAGCUUUUGAUAUUCUAACUCAAAACCAGAAUGGCACAAAUGGAAACAGACUAUCUGCGCAGGCGCAAGAAAGAGAUUAUCCUACAAAAUGGCUUCACUAAGCAAAACGAUGAUAAAAAACCAAAACAAGAAUUUAUGCUUCGAGAAUCGCCUUUAACGGCACUCGUUGAAGGAUCUCUUCACAUAAGAGCUAUUUACCACAUAUUUGUAGUUAUACUACUAAUAUUAUUUUGCGACACCAUGAUAUAUGACUUCGUAGAACGUGGAAAGAUAAACAUCGGAGUAACGACUAUAGUUCAUGGAUUCGGUGACAUACGACGUGGCGCGAAAAUAUGGUUGUUCGAGCUUGCAGUCGCGCUUGCCUUCUAUCCGUUAUUAAGAAUAUACGCUGCUACUCAAAAGCUUUUUAAAAACUUUCCAGCUGCUCGCAAAAUAUCGUCCAUCCUGGGUAUACUGGGAGUAGGACUUUUAGAAAUACUAGUGAUCGCAGUACCUACUUGGGACCUAGCCAAAGAGCAUCUCGCAAUUGGUUCUUCGGUCGCCGUGACGUCCGAAAUGUUCAGGUUAGCGAUGAAAAUACAUGCCACAGCCGUGGCGUGUGCUCCCCGAUGCUUGGAUGAUGGAACACCGCUGCCAACCUUCAAACAUUACGUUUACUUCCUGUUUGCACCCACAUUAGUGUAUAGAGAUGAAUAUCCAAGAACAAAGAAAAUUAGAUGGAGUGUUGUAUUAUUUCAUUUUCUGGAAGUAGCGGCUAUUAUAUUUUACAACAGUUUUCUUUGGGAGAGAUUCAUUUUACCGUACUGGUCGGAUUACGGGAAAGAAGCGAGAGUAGAAGCCGGUACCUUUGUGCGCGGUAUGUUUGCAUGUGUGCUACCAGGCGUUAUUUCUUUUCUAUGUGGUUUUUACUGCCUUCUUCACGCUUGGCUUAAUGCUUUUGCCGAGAUGCUGAAAUUUGGCGACAGACUUUUUUACGAAGAAUGGUGGACGAGUUCACAAUUUUCUUGGUAUAUCCGCGCGUGGAACCGCGUUGUCUACUCAUGGUUACGUGAUCAUAUAUACCGACCACUCGCACCGCUGGCCGGCAGCAGCAUUUCCACAUUCGUCGUCUUUAUUGUAUCAUCUGUCGCACACGAGGUUAUACUGGCCCUUUCAUUUGGCUUCUUCUACCCUGUGGUCUUGAUGGAGUUUGGAGUGUGUGGGCUAAUUUUGUUGGCACUCACGGCUUCCAGUGGACGUCGCUUCCCAAGACUAAUGAAUCUUUGUAUUUGGCUAUGCCUCUUUCUUGGAAAUGGUAUUUUCUGGAGCCUUUAUCCAAUGGAAUAUUUUGCCCGCAAAAAUUGUCCGCCUUCAGAAACCGAUAGCUUUUUCAUACCAAAAUCUUGGUCUUGUCCAGAAAUAGUACUGAAACCAAAUUGGUCUUUUCAAAACCCUUUUAGUUUACUUAUUAAUUACAAUUAAUUAUUAAGACUAUUUACAAAAAAAAAUCAAAAGGGGUAAAACUAGCGAAAUAUUCUCAUUGAUUUAUUAGUUAAAUAUUUCCUGUAAAAGUAUGACAAUAAACUAUAUGAUGAGUAUGUAUUUGUCCAUAUAUUAGUUGUAUUAGAAAAAUUCAUAUGAUUACCUGCCUACAACUUCAUACUAGUCAGGGCCUGAUUUACCCACAGGCUAACUAGGCUGGAGCCUAAGGGGCAAUGUUCGAGGAGGCGCUGAGCUGGCCUUUGCAAACACGACUUAGGUACAGAAUAAAAUUUGGUAUAACAUUCACCAUAAAUAAUAAAGUGCCACAAGUA